CCUGUUAUUUCCUGUGAAUCAGUGUUAUUUUAAUCUCUUUUUAUUUCAUCAAAUUAAUUUCUGAGUUAAUCAUUAACUAAUCAUUGUAAUAAUUGGCUUCAUUUCUAUUGAACAUUUUCAUUAAUCAUAAUCACACAAAAUCCAUAUUCUCUCUCAUUGUCUGGUUUACAUUUAACUAUCAUCGCCAUCAGAUCACCUUUAAACCAUUACAACACCAACACCAUCAACUAUUCACACAAUUAGUAUGCUGAGAUCGCCUCACAUUUCACUACUAACAUUUCAUCUUUCAUUGUAAAAAUAACUAUUCCCCCACUUCAAUCCAGCCCUGAUAAAGGAUGAAGAUUGAUAGGGCCAAAUUGAAGAAAAGCUCCUCGGAAGUGCCACCUGAUUGUAGGCUACUUGUUGAAAGAAUCCGAGGAUGUAAUGAAAAAGAGCUCCUUGAGUUACUUAAAGGCAUCAAGACCUGGAAUUAUGGCAAAUGCGAGCUAUACCAUUGGAUUGAUGUACUUGAUUUGUUUGACUCAAUCUUGGCAAAAUGUUGUCAAAAGGAACGGGAGACUCAAUGGACCUUACCUGUUGAUCUCUCAAACAACUCAUUGAAGGAGUUAUGUAUACCUAUCUUACAAUUCACUGCUCUUUUAAUAGAGCACAGUUUCUCCAAACAUGUCUACAAUUCGAUGGAGCACCUAACAACACUUCUCUCCUCGAGUGAUAUGCAAAUCGUCUUGUCUGUUCUCAACUUACUUUAUGUGUUCAGCAAACGAUCUAAUUUCAUUACACGUUCAAGUCCAGACCGUAGAAAGGCCCUGAUGACUCGGCUUAAUUACUUAGCUGAGAGCUGGGGUGGUAAAGAAAAUGGUUUCGGUUUGGCAGAAUGUUGUCAAGAAUUAAAAAUGUCCUCUUACCCUUUAAGUGCCACUACUCUUCACUUUGAGUAUUAUUGUGAUGAAAGUGGUCCAAAUCCCCAUCCAUUCAGUACAACCGGUAAUAAAAAGUCACCAAGCAGCUUAAAUGUAAUUCAUAUUGAAAAUGUGGAUAACAUUAAAGAUAAAACAAUAGCUCAAGUCAUGGAAGAUCUACUUGAAAAUCAUCAUGUGCCCAAAGAGAAACAAAUGCUUCUCUUUACACAUUUAAGGUUGGCCCAUAAUUUUUCCAACUACCGUAAAAGGCUUCAUUGCGUUCAAGCUCGCCUUCAAGCUCUCUCAAUCAUAGUCCAUAGUAAUGCAAUGUCCAUGUUUGAUAAUGCUAAUAAUGUUUUAUAUAAUGGUUUCAUCGAAGAAUUAGUCGACGUUCUAGAAUUAAAAGAACUCAAAUUAUUGGAUAUCAAAGCUGCUGCAUUGCGAACAUUAACUUCGGUGAUCCACCUCGAUCAUACAACUCAAUUAAAUACCAUUAUUGAUGUUACCGGUGCUGCUUCUUACCACGGGUUCUUGCCAACUCUUGUUAGAAGUUGUAUUCAAGCUCUUAUUGAUGGUAAUACCAACCUGUUCCCUAUAUCACUGGCCACCGCAUUGUUUUCGUUUUUGUAUCAUCUUGCUAGUUAUGAAAAUGGUGGUGAAGCUUUGGUUUCAUGUGGAAUGAUUGAAUCCUUACUCAAAGUUGUUAGUUGGACUGGAAGUGACCCUGAGCAUAUAACCUUUGUGACUCGUGCUGUUCGAGUUAUCGAUUUGAUUACAAAUCUUGAUAUGAAUGCUUUUCAAAGUCAUGGUGGAUUAAAUGUUCUCAUCAAUAGAUUAGAAUAUGAAGUUGAUAUUUGCCGAAAAGAUUGUCCAUUCGAAAUUGAUGUUGGCCAUCAACGUCGAGAAUCUCAGGAUGGAGUUCUAACUGAAACCUCUGCAUCGAUAAGUUCAGUCGAUGCCUUAUCUAGUGAGAAAGCCUCAAGCUCCAACGCAAUGGAAAUUGAAAAUAUCGAUAAAUCUGGUCAAACCUCUGGAAACAUGUCUUAUAACAGAGAUCUUCAAAUAUAUCCCCAAAGAGCUGCUGUUUUAAAAUCAAUGUUCAAUUUCCUUAAAAAAGCUAUCCAAGAUUCAUCCUUUUCUGAUAGUAUUCGUCAUCUUAUGGAUGGUCCAUUACCUAAAUGUCUUCGACACAUCAUAAGUAACGCUGAGUAUUAUGGACCAUAUUUAUUUAUGCUUGCCACUGAUGUUGUGACCGUUUACGUGUUUCAAGAACCUUCUUUACUUUCCUCUCUACAAGAAAGUGGCUUAACAGACGUAGUUCUCCACGCUUUACUUGUUAAAGAGAUUCCUGCAACUCGAGAAGUGAUAGCCGGUUUACCAAAUGUCUUUAGUGCUCUGUGUCUCAAUACUCGAGGACUAGAAGCUUUCACUCCCCAUAAACCUUUUGAAAAAAUAUUCAAAUUGUUACUUUCACCCGAUUAUUUACCUGCAAUGAGACGAAGAAGAAGCAAUGAUCCAAUGGUUGAUACAGCUUCCAACUUGGGUAGUGCUAUGGAUGAGCUCAUGAGACACCAACCAAGCUUACGAUCUGAAGCAACUACUGCUAUCAUUAAGCUUCUAAAAGAGUUAUGUGAACUUGGAUCAGAUCCUAACUUUGUCUGUUCAAAACCUGCAGCCAAAGGACCUGAAGCUAAUGCUGGACAAAGUGACAGUAUUAGACCUGUUAUGCCUGGUGGAAGUGCCGAAGCGGGUUCAUCAGAUGAAGAAGACGAAGAAGAUGAAGAAACAACUGCGGCACCAGCAACUGGAUCUCUCAUCGUACCUAAACCAGUACAAGAACAGGCUAGCACAUCAUCAUCUGCUCCUGCAAACAAUAAACAACCUGUUCCAUUGGUUGAUUAUAUCCUUCAUGUCAUGCGUUUAAUUGAUGCAAUUCUUUCAAAUAAUUCCACCGAUGACCAUUGUAGAGAAUUCGUCAAACAGAAAGGAUUAGAACCUUUGCUCAACAUUUUACGUCUCCCUAAUCUUCCAAUUGACUUCCCAUUGACACCCGCUUGCCUCUCGGUAUCAAGUGUUUGCAAGUCUCUUCAGGUUCUUACCUAUGAGCGUGAAGUCUUAAAAUUAGGAUUAACAAACCUAAACGAAGUUCUCAAUAGUCUUGAACCUUUACAUCAACCUCUCCCUGCUCCUGGUGGUAGCGUUCUUCUUGAAGAGCUUGUUCAAGCAACCUUGAAGGCUCAAGGUACUGGGUGUGAUCCCCUCCAAUCAGCUAGUUUGACGCCUUUGCUACAUCACAUGUCAGCUGCUCACGCGUACAUCAUAAUGUUUGUUCACGUUUGUAGAACAGGACAACCUGAAAUACGAAAUCUCACUGUCACUCAUUGGGGAUCUGAUAUUGGUCUUAAUGUUCUUAAAGGUUUAAGUCAACUUUAUACUUCAUUAGUAUGGGAAAGUACAGUUCUUCUUGCUCUUUGCUCCGAUUCAACUGCUACAGUCACUUGGAAAUUCGGUCGACAUCAAGUAGAGAAACUUGCUUCUCUCUCUAAAGACGGUGACAAUUCUCCAACCGGUCGAAGUUAUGAAGAAAGUAAAAUGGAGAUCGAAGAGUCUUGCGAUGGGCUUAGUGUAGAUACUGAAAAUAGUAAAAAGAAAGAUGUUAAAGCACCGAAACCAGGCCCACAAAUGAAACAAAUUAAACCAUUGCUAUCAAGUGCUUCUCGUUUGGGUCGUGCUUUAGCAGAGCUUUUCGGCCUUUUGGUUAAACUUUGUGUCAAUUCUCCCUUGAGACAUCGACGAAAUCAUCAUUCCAUUCCAACAAUACCUGUUGCACCAUUUCCUGCUGCGAGAUCAGUUGCUACUCAUUUGACUAAAUUGUUAGCCAAAGGUCUUUCCUGGACACCACCUCCUACUUCUCCCAUUCCAAAAUUCAGGCUUACAUUUUAUACAUGCUCUGUUGGAUUUACUUCACCAAUGCUAUUCGAUGAGCGAAAAUUUCCGUAUCAUUUGAUGUUGCAGAAAUUUGUCCAAUGUGGAGGUCAAGAUGCUUUCUUUGACACUUUUCAUUGGGCAUUAACACAAGGAGGUAAAGUUCCAAUUGAAGAAGGCUUAGAGCAUUCAAACGUUCCUGAUGGAACUGGUGAAUUUUUGGACUCAUGGCUUAUGUUACUUGAAAAAAUGGUUAAUCCAAAAAUGGUUCUUGAAUCACCUCAUACAAUGGUUACUAAAACAACACAACCCAAUUUUGUACCAUUCGAUCCUGUUAAAUAUCUUAUCAAGACUCAUAAAAAAGCUUUUGAAUGUGUAAUGCAUUUGUGGAAUAAGAAACCACUUAAAGUUUACGGUGAACGAAUGUCUGAAUCAGUUCUUGCCAUAUUCUGCCAUUUACUUAAAGGCGAGGUUAUUAUCCAAGAAAAAUUAUCAAAAGAAAAAGAUCAAGAAGCUAAAGAAAGUACAAGUACAACUACCACUUCAACCACAGCUCGAACCAGUCGACGAAAUGAGCUGGAAGAACAAGGAAUUAGUAAUGAACAUUUACAACAACUGAUGGAUAUGGGAUUUGCUCGAGAACUUGCUCUUGAAGCUCUUGUUCAUGCAAACUCUCUUGAACAAGCAACUGACUAUUUGCUCAGUCAUCCUUCACUUACAAGAUCUGGUGGUUCAGACUGGGAAAUGUCAGAAGAAGAUCAAAUGAUUAGAGCAAUUGCAAUGUCUCUUGAUGAUAAUGUUACUCCGGAUGCUCCUGCCGAGGGAACAUCUCAAACUCAACCUGAUAAAGAUGAUGAACCAAUGUCUAAAGAAACAAUCGAUGGAUUUACCAAUGAAUUACUUCCUGGAUGUUUGAAGCUUCUCGAUACUUUACCUGAAACAGUUUAUCGUGUCUGUGAUCUACUUCUUGCUGUUUGUCAUCGAAAUAGUGAAAAAUGGACUGAGCAAAUGUUGAAACAACUUAUAAAAGAAAUAAGUAUUAACGUUGAUAAAUUAUUGGAAAGUGCUCAACCGAUGACUUCUUCAGAUAAAAGAAGUAUUCCCGAGUGGGCGUCACAAGUAAGUCAAUUACCAGAAGCCUACAAAUCUGCCACCCGAAUCCAUCUAUUCUCUCUUUUGUUUGAAGAGAAACGUAAUCAAUGCGCUGCCUUGAUUAGUGAGACCAAUCUGAUUAACAAUCUAGUGCAAUUAUUGGAAUCUGCACAAAAUGCUCUCGUUUUAACUUCAUCAAAUAAAUCAACUUCACUAUCCACACCUAAAUGGCUUUCACCAGCCAUUUUGUUGAUUGAUCUUUAUGAGAAAUCAGCUAUUGCCUCGGCUCGAAGAGCUCCUUUGUUGGCUCUUCCUAGACGUCAAUGGAAAUGGUUUGAUGAUCGAAGUGGUAAAUGGACCAUCUAUACUUUGAAUAAUAACAAAACAAUUGACGAUGCUUAUAAAAAUGGUGAUUCAUUCGUUAGAUUCACAGCAAGUCGUCGUAAAUAUACUGUACAGUUUAACACAAUGGUACAAAUCAAUGAAGAAACAGGAAAUUGGAGACCAAUCAUGUUUUCUAGUGACGAUAAAGCCAUGGAGGUAACUGAAGAAGCAGCGGCAGCCUCAUCUUCAAAAACAUCCACACUGAACUAUGUUGUUGUUAAAGGACUUGAAUCCUAUCAAUGUACAGCAAUUAUAAGAGCUUGUACUGGUUUUAUUGGAAUCCCUGUUGACCCUGAAACUUUACACGCUGUUAUGAGGUUGGUUUUACGGUUAACUCGUAACUACGAACAAGCUGCUAUAUUUGAAGAGCUUGGUGGUGUUCGAAGUAUCUUGAACCUCACUCAAGUUUCUGGUUUUACUGGAUUUACUUCAUUAGCAUCGUUGAUCAUCCGUCACGUAUUAGAAGAUCCUAGUACAUUACGAUAUACAAUGGAACGUGUUAUCAGGGCGACUCUACAUAAUCCGACAAUCAAUUGUAAAGAAAUGAAUUAUAUCCUUCGAGUAUUGGGUCCAGCUGCUUGUAGAAACAAGGAACACUUUAUUGAAAUAACGAAAUCUAUUCUGAGGAUUUCUCUUUAUCCUCAAUCUAAACGUGAAGAAGAUGAAACUCGUAUGUUGAGUGCUCAAGCUGUUCAAACUCUUCGAGCAUUACCUUCUAAACAGACCAAUCAAGUUCAUGUACCAAAUAAUAUUAUCAAAGAAGUUAUUUAUGAUCUCCUUAAUGCUCUUACUGUCAAAACAAAUGGCCAAGUUCAAGAAGAACUUUCUAUUACUAUUGAAAAAUCUGUUAUCGGUCAAGGAUCCGCUGGUGUCUCAUAUUGUCCUGUUCUUUCUCGUGGAAUUGCUCGUGAAUCAUCAUCUGAUUUAGUUCAACAAGAUGACGAUGAGAUAACUGCACCCGAAGAACCUAUUGCUGGCCCAAGUGAUAAAGUUGGAGGGUUAAAUUUUAAAGACGAAGAAUCUGCGAAAAAAUCUCGACCAUUACUUAAUCAAUCUUGCAUCAUGCGUCUUUUAGCUGAACUAAUUCGUUCUUAUCCUGUUGUUGCUAAAUUAAUCGCCGAGCAUGUUUAUCAUGCUGGACACAAUGAUUUGAUAUCAGAAGAAUGUUCCGCUUUAUCCUUCAUCUUGGACCAUCUUUUACCAAACACUCAAAAUGUUGGUGAUAAAAACUGUCCAGCUUUAACUCGUGUGUUAAUUGCAGCUUUGUCAUCAUCUAAUCAUUGUCCCGAAGCUCAAGCUAUACUUGUCAGCGAAGUUAAAUCUGCUCUUAAUCGUGCCUUAGCUUUACCAGAGUCAAAUGAAAAACAUGUCAGAGUCCAAGCGAUUCUUGGUAUAAUCAACACAAUGAUUGAUUCGUGUCCAUCAGUAGCUCAAACUCCUCAAAACCCAAUUCGUACACAAUCAACGCCUCUUAAUAACAUGGUUAAAAUAAUGUUGAGACGAGGAAUCGUCAAUGACCUUGCAAGAAUAACCCACUCACUAGACUUUUCAUCACCACACAUGGCAUUAACGGUUAAUGCUGCUCUUAAACCACUUGAAACUUUAUCCAAAAUUAUUAAUCUGCCCACCUCAAUCUUUGCUCAAGCAAAGAGACCAAAGACUGGAAAUGUUUCCUCUUCGAACACUGAAGCGAUGGAAGAAGAUGCUGUUGCUUCUGGAGGUGUCGACCAAAUGACCAACCUGGUUAAUGAAACAAACGAAGGACCCGUGACAGAAUCAUCGGGUAAUGUUGAGCCAGAAAUUCUUGAUAAUGAAAUAAUGAACCAACAAAGUGAUGCCCGGACUUACCACAAUGUCGAGGAUAACACUGACAACGAAGCGGUUGUUAUCGAAGAAGGUAUUCACUUUGAUGUUUACAAUGACUCUCAUUCUCGAUCAAGUAAUUUGAUUGAUGAAGUUAUCCGUAAUGAACACAAUGUCGCUAUGGAACCUGAAGAAAAUCAUGAUAAUGUCAUCAAUUCUAAUGGAGCUGAAUCAGAAUCAGAUGAUGAAUCUGACAGUGAUGAAGAAGAUGAAGACGAAGAUGAUGAUGACCAAAGUAAUCCAGAUGAAGAAGAACGGGAUGAAGAAGACGAGGACGAAGAUGAAGAUGAUCAUGUUGACGAUGAUGAUGUCGAAGAUGAUGAAAUCUCAGCUUAUGUUAAUCAAGAAGAUAUCGAUGAUUCAGUUUUAAGAAACUAUGAAAGAGACAAUGAACAACUUGUUUUCGAUAUUGAAGAUAUGAUUCCGGCCUCCGUUUUUACUGAAGGUAGUUUAAGGUUAACCACCAUACUACCUAUGCUAGAAAAUGAACAAUUAUCCAACACAGUCGAUGCUACUCAACCUUCUGUUCCUCCAGCUCCAGGUAGUGUAUCUAUUUCUCAUCCAUUACUUGUUCGUCCCGGUGAAAUUGGUGAUUCAGUUGGUAUGAAUCCUGCAUCAGCCUCAACCACGGCAAGUAUUUUAUCAAGACCUCAUCGAAGUAACCGUCAAAGGAUGUAUAGACCUCCCGUUACAAGUACUUCUGGAGCCGCCCAUCCAAAUUGGACCUCUGGUAUAGCAAAUCGUCAUCCAAAUCCACCUGUUAUACUGCAGAGACUGUUAGGACCAUCAACGGCUCAACAAAUACUUCAAUUAACCUCAGGUACAAGUUCAACCCACCCUCCCCGGGUCAUCUUCACUAGCAAUGACUUUCAAAUUAUUACCGCUGAUGAAGAUUGGUUAGAUUUUUCUGACUCUGGCUUAGUGGCUGGUGCUGGUUCUUCAUCCGUUUUAGGCUCUAUCCCGUCGGCUAUGCUCCGAUGGACGGAGGAAUCUCGAGUGUUGGAUGGCGAAUCCAUGCACGAUUGUGUCGCUUCUCUCAAAAUGAGUAUCAUUGAAGUGUGGGAAAAAUAUCGAGAUGAAGAACUCGCUGAACGUAAAGAAAAAAGAAAAAACAUGCUCGAAGAAGAAGAGAAACCAAAGAAAAAGAUGGCUCGAGAUAAAAAUGAAAAGAAUGGAUCGAAAGAUUCUGAGCCAAGACCACAAACUGAAUCUACUGUUUACGCUAACACUGAAAGACUUGCAGCAUCAAUUGUUGAACAAGUUUUAGGUCCCGUUAUGGCCUCAACAAAUAUCACCGGUCGCUCUGAACGACAAUCAGCUUUAAGAACUGGAGAUCGAACUCGUGCUCAGCCUGUAGAUUUGGUCCCUGGUGCACCAGAAGUGUCAGCUAGUGAUCCUCCUGAAGCUGACACCGAAGCGGAAGUUGAAGAUGAACACUCGUCUUCACCUUCGCCAUCUAAUGACACUACAUCAGUUCAAAAUGACAAUGAAAUCACAGAAAUGAUUUGCUCAUUGAGCACUCGAGAAGAGGAAAAUCCUCGACCUAUGGAUGUCGAUGAAAAUCGUAGACAUAGAGAUCAACGUUCUCACAGAGAUGAUCCACCUCCUCCACCACCUGAACGUGCUUCUAGUAGUGAUGGUCUUCCCGCAACCGGUGCAAUUACACCUGAAGACCUAUCAACUGUUACCAAUAGUAGUAGUGAAGGUAAUGCUACUUCAGUAACUGAUGAACCGACAACUCAACCAGAAAAUUCCGACAACAAAUCUGAAGGAAGAGCAUCAGGACCUUCAGCUCCACAAGCUCCAGAGCCUGACAACACUGUUGAGGUUGCAAAUGGUGAGGGUUCAGCUAAUACUUCCACACCUACUGGAGAAACUCAACAACCAGCUGGUUCUACAAGCUCUAAUAAUAACUCUGAACUUCAAAAUCUACUCGGUGAUACUGAAUUACCUGAGGGUGUUGAUCCAUCAUUCCUUGCCGCUUUACCUGAAAAUAUUAGACAAGAAGUUAUUGCCGACCAAUUGAGAGCACAACGUAUUCAACAACAACGAAAUGCCGCUGCUACUACUGCCGCGUCUACUAAUCAACCGUCAAGCUCCCAACUUCCUGCACCAACCACUACUACUGCCGCUGUUUCCGCUGUCGCAGUUGCUGCCGCUGCCGUUGCUCUGCAACAGCUACUGCAUCUGGAGGUGAGACUAACGUUUUAAGUAGUUAAUCCUGAAUUUCUCGCCGCUCUUCCACCUAACAUUCAAGAAGAGGUUCUUGCUCAGCAAAGAGCUGAACAGCAGCGAUUACAAGCUCAAUCUACCAGCCCAGAUGCCCCAGUUGAUCCGGCAUCUUUCAUUCAAACACUACCACCAGGACUCCGUCGUCAAGUUUUAGCCGAUAUGGAUGAUAGUCUUUUGGCUCUUUUACCUCUUGAUUUGGCAUCAGAGGCUCAAAAUCUCCGCCAAGAGUUAGAAGCAAGACAUCGUCAAUUCUCUGAAAGAUUCCUCGCAUCUCAUGCUACUACCACACUUUCAAGAAUACUCAGAAGUGCGUCUGGUCGAAACCGAUACGCAAUAAGUACAGCUCAGGGUGGAAACUGGUUAUGGGAUCUUGGUGCUCGUGGGACUAACUCUUCCAAUUAUGGUACCUCAUCAGGUCAUCCAACUCAAGUUCGUCCUCCUUUUCCACCAGGUCGAUUCAAAGGCAGACAACUUCUCGAUCAUGAGGCUCUAUGUUGCCUUCUCAUUUUACUGUUUGUAGAUGAACCAAAACUUAAUGUUUGUCGCUUACAACGUGUUUUAAAAAAUUUAUGUCAUCACUAUGCUACACGAGUUUGGGUAAUCAAAUCAUUAUUAGCAAUCAUGGAAAAGACUAGAGACCCUAAAGAUUUCGUUGAACCAAAAACUCGAAAAUCGAGCAGUGGCUCUAUCCUUAAUAAAUCAUCAAAUCAAUCUCCAUCAUGGUUAUCCAUAUCUCUGGAUGCUGCUCUUGGUUGUCGCACUAACGUGUUCCAAAUACUUAGAGGCUCUGGUGGUAAAAAGGGAGCAAGCCAAGUAAAUCAUUCGAUCACCAUUCAUCCGCAAGCUGCUCCAUUAGUUUGUAGACAUGUUUUAGAUACUCUCAUCUCAUUAGCAAAAUCUUUCCCUCAAUCAUUGAGAGUAGAUUCACCCAGAGAAGAACAAAAGUCAUCUUCAAGUUCUCAAUCAUCUCGUGAUGAUAGUUCAUGUAAUAAAUCCUGUAAAGACCCAGAUUUCUGGGAAGUUCUUUUAAGAUUGGACUCUUCUAAUUCUACCAAGAAAGGAAAAAGUGUUAUUAAAAGUCAUAGUUCAAGUCCUUACCAAUCAAGUAAUCAAGCUUCUGGUUCCAACGAAAGUGAUGCUACUUGUCAAGAUGGCGAUAGCUCACCUCUGGUUCAGAUUAUUAACUUAUUAUCUCAUCCUGUUGUUAAACGAAGUUCACUUCUCACCGAUAAGCUUUUACGUUUACUUUCACUUGUUGCUCUUGCUUCAUUACCACACUAUAACUCGCCAUACUAUGCAACAGCCUCCACAUCACAAGCAGGUGAACAAAGUGGUACAUCAAAUGAAGGAGCACCAGUCGCUGUUCCACCCUCACAAGCCUCCUCUGAUAAACCGAAAACAAAAGAAACCAAAGAAGACGAAGGGGAGAGUUCCACUGAAAGAAAAUUGGUUAUCAAUGAAGAUGCCAUUAAAUUGGCUGUUGAAGUGCUUACAUCAAAAUCUUGUUCUGAAGCUGGACUUGAAGAUGCAACAUCAUUACUCUUACGCCUUUCUCGUAGUUGCCCAGCCACUCGAGACAUUGUUUUAAAUCUUCUUCUUGAAGGUGCAAGAGAAUUAGGUUUUACUGUUAGUCAACAUAUUACAAAAUUGAAUCAAGAACUUAGAAAAUUAAAUAUCUCAUCAAGGGAGCCCAGUGAUGAUAACAGUGAUUCAAAUGCGGAUAAACUUCUUAAAGGUAUUAUCCAAGAUCGAUUCACUGCUGCAAGUAUUGUGAUAAAUGCUGCUACUCAUAUCAAGCAUAGUUCCGCCUCGAAAGAAGUUCAACUUCCAUCCAUGGCUGCUUUGACAUCCAAAACAUCAAGUCAAAGUUUCUUCCUUCGAAUCCUUAAAGUCAUUGUUCAAUUGAGAGAAUCAAUUAGAAUGCAAAAGCUCCGUGGACGUUUAGUUACUGGAUACAAUCAGCCUUCAGCAUCAUCAGAGGGUCCAUCAAAUGUUGUUGCCUCAGGAAAUUCUGAAGGCUCCUCAUCAACAGCUAAUGCGAUCGAGCAAAAUCCAACUGAAGUGGAAACCCAGGAACAAGAAAGUCUAAGCUCAAAGCUUAACUUAAAUACACUUUGGGAAUGUCUCAGUAAUUGUCUCCUUGAACUUGCCGAUGCUCCCGAUCAUCAUGCUGUUCUUGUCUUACAACCAGCAGUUGAAGCUUUCUUCCUUGUACAUGCUUCUGAAAAAGAACCCAAGAAUCGUCGCCGUGAGAAUCGUCAUGAAAGUCGAGAAACUCAAUUGGCUCAUGUUAAUCAAGAUUUUUCGGCUCUUUCUCCGAUGGUUGAAAAUGCCUCUGGAGACUCAACUACAACUGUAUCAACCAAUUUACCUGUUGAUACUCAGAAGUUCCUUCAAUUCGCUGAAACUCAUCGUGUUGUUUUAAAUCAAAUUCUCCGUCAAUCCACUACUCCUCUAGCUAAUGGUCCAUUCUCAGUUCUGGUUGAUCAUACCAGAGUUUUAGACUUUGAUGUUAAACGAAGAUAUUUCAGGCAAGAACUUGAAAGAAUGGAAAAUGGUGCUCGUCGUGAAGAUCUUCCAGUUCAUGUGCGCCGUGAACAUGUUUUCGAAGAUUCAUUUAGGGAACUUUAUCGUCGUACCACUGAAGAGUGGAAAAAUCGUUUCUAUAUCGUUUUCGAAGGUGAAGAAGGUCAAGAUGCUGGUGGAUUAUUACGAGAAUGGUACACAAUUAUUUCAAGAGAAAUUUUCAAUCCUAUGUAUGCUCUUUUCACCACCUCACCCGGAGAUCGUGUAACAUACAUGAUAAAUUCUGCCUCCCACUGCAAUUCUAAUCAUUUACAAUAUUUCAAAUUCGUGGGAAGAGUUAUUGCUAAAGCGAUUUAUGAUAACAAAUUAUUGGAAUGUUAUUUUACAAGAUCUUUCUAUAAGCAUAUCUUAGGAAAAUUAGUCAAUUAUCACGAUAUGGAAAGUGAAGAUUAUAGUUUUUAUCGAAGUUUGGUAUUUUUACUAGAACAUGAUGUUAAAGAAUUGGACAUUGAACAAACCUUCAAUUUGGAGGUACAAGAGUUUGGGGUCACUGAAAUACGAGAUCUCAAACCUAAUGGAAGAAACAUCGAAGUUACAGAAGAAAACAAACACGAAUACGUUCGACUUGUUUGCCAAGAAAAAAUGACUGGUUCCAUAAGGAAACAGUUGAGCAGUUUCUUAGAAGGUUUUUAUGAAAUAAUUCCUAAGCGACUUAUUUCAAUUUUUAAUGAACAAGAAUUGGAAUUGUUGAUCUCUGGUCUACCAAAUAUUGAUAUCGAUGACCUAAAAGCAAAUUGUGAAUACCACAAAUACCAAGCAAACUCUUUACAAAUCCAAUGGUUCUGGCGAGCGUUGAGAUCAUUUGAUCAAGCCGAUCGGGCCAAAUUUUUACAAUUUGUUACUGGAACAUCCAAAGUACCAUUACAAGGUUUCUCCGCGUUAGAGGGUAUGAAUGGUACCCAGCGAUUCCAAAUUCAUCGAGAUGAUCGAUCCACCGAUAGAUUGCCUUCAGCUCAUACUUGCUUCAAUCAAUUGGAUCUUCCUGCUUACGAAACAUACGAUAAACUGAAAACAAUGAUGUUAAAAGCCAUUCACGAAUGUUCCGAGGGAUUCGGCUUUGCCUAAUCUUAAUCAAAAACACAAUAACAACAACAACCUUUUGUAAUUAUAUUUUUGAGGUUGACGCUCAUAUGGAUCUGACGACAUUACAAGCAUAAAAUAAAUUCAGCUGCUUGUAGGAUUCGUUUGAAUAUUAAAGAAGCUGUACUGAGCAAAAGAAAAAGAAACAUUGAAAGAUGACCUCUCACCUUAAACAAACAAACAAAAAAACGAGAAUUUUAUCAAACUCAAGCUUCAUCCCUACAAUUGAUACAAUCCAUUUCGACCCAUUUACGUUGUCUCUGAUUCAAAGAAAAGAAAUACACUUGAAAUCAGCAAGUUCAUUCUUGCUUCAACCUGAAGCACAAACCCUUCAAAACCCAAUCAUCAUCACAUAACAACAACAACUAAACAAUGGCUACGGGUCUUUAAAUAAGAAUUUGCAAUCAACCUUUUAUUUUUGCUUUUCCCUAUCCCUGUGUUUACGGCCCUUUGUUUAAUUUCGGUUAACAGACAACACUAAAUAAUUCAACAUCAAUUAACACAAUUCAUACAAAAAAACUAAGAGAGAUGAUAAAAAAAAACAAAAUUUACAAACCGAAAAGAUUGAAUUGUGAAAAAUUGACUUUAUUGCCAUUUUUAUUGAUGAUAAAAGGCUGUGAUUAAACAAAAAUUAGUAGUUAACUGAAGAGUUUUAUUUUACAAAAUGAUCAAAAAACGAGAAGAAAAUUUGAAUUUGAGACUAAAUUGCAUAAAAAAAGUAACUCGAAUGGAAAAAAGUGUAAAUUUGGUAUUGCUAUAAUAAAUUGUCUUAUGAUUAAUUAA